GCGUAAUAUAUGUCACGUUUCCUUUAAGAGGCGUUUCAGGAAGCUGCCAAAAAACAAGGAACUUCCCAGACUGUCGUCAAUUCCAGGUUUCGGAGAAGUGGCGUCUUAUUGCUGUUCAACGACAAUAAGUUAUAAGUUAAACUGCUAUGGUGACAAAUGUGGUCGGGGACGCUGUGAAAUGACGCUGUUAAGAUGCCUUCCAGUGUCCUGUUCAUGCUAGUCGUCGUCCAAGCACUGUCUGCGUUGCCACCAGCUCCGCCACAGAACAUCCAUGUUAAUAACUGGCUGCUGACAUGGACUCCUUCCAGCGAGGAGGGAGAUCCUACCUACACUGUUCAGUACAGCAGCUUUUCCAGCGGCGUGUGGACAAAUGUGCCAUCCUGCGUCCAUAUGUCUUCAAAUUCCUGUAAUGUAACUUCCACCAAAGCUGAGGGUGAGCACGGCUGUGUUAUGCUACGUGUACAAGCAGAGAGGAGUGGGCUGACCUCAACAUCAGUCAAAGCCUGUAGCAGACAUGGUGACUCCUGUACCCCUGACUUCAGUCUGACACCCCGGCCCGGCUCCCUGACGGUUAAUUUGAGUAGUAACCAUAGUUUGGCUCUGGAAUAUGCAGCUCAUGCAAAACACAGGGUUUACUAUGGCAAGGAAGGAGAGCCCCUGCUGAAGUAUAAAGAUACUGUGGCCUCCGUGACCAUCUCUAAGCUGCAGGAGGGACAGCGGUACUGUGUACAGGUGCAGUACCUUUACUUUCGUAAUCCGUCGGACUGGCCACCUGUACCCAGUGUGAGCUCAUCCCAGAAUCAAGUAAGACCAUGGUUGACAUUUCUGCUGCUAAGUUGAGCCAUGCAAAAAAUG